AGUCCUUGUAUUGGAGACUGGAAACACAACUCCCCUCUCUCUCUCUCUCUCUCUAAAUAGUUUGUUUCCACAUUAAAAAAAUUCAAGCAUGAUUUCCAUCACUACCCAGCAAGAGCAUUUAUAGCUCCACACCCACAUGUACAAAAACUUCUAAGAAAAAAGGAAAAAAAAAAAAAAACCAACCCAUUGGUGAUUAUUUUAAUCACCUCAUGCUCAGAAGUUCAAGCUGUCAAACAUAAAACCAAGGUAUUAGAAAUCUCGGAGAGAGAGAGAUAGAGAGAGAAAAAUAGGUCGAAGGAAUCAAGGAAGUUUAUACUCACUCUGGUGUUCCAAAUUAAGCUUCGGAAAUGGUGAGAGUCUAAGCUUGGAACGGUCAUGAUGUGUUGGAAUAUGGAUUUGGUUCUGUUUCCAUGGACAAAACAUUGGAAUAAAUGCAGCUUCUCAUGUUCUGAAUCUGACCACACAAGAAGUAGAAGAAGAAGAAAACGACAACGCCAAUGUUGUACACAACACCACCACCAACAACAACAGCAAACAAACAUGGCUUCUAGCUGGUGUUACAGUUACAAGAUCUCGCAAAUCUUUCUCCAAACUCUUGUAUUCUUUCUUCUUGUCGCUUCUUCCGUUUCAUCACAAGUAAACGACGACCACAAUCUUGGUGGACAAGCGAAGAAUCAGACUUUCCGACCAGACCAGGAACUGCAAAAGUUGAAGAUAAUAAAAGCGUGUCUUAAGAAGAUCAACAAGCCCGCUGUCAAGACAAUUCAGAGUCCUGAUGGUGAUAUUAUCGAUUGUGUGUUAUCUCAUAAGCAACCAGCUUUUGAUCACCCUCUAUUGAAGGGACAAAAGCCAUUGGAUCCACCAGAGAGACCAAAAGGGCACAACAAACAUAGCCCUUCAGGGGUGGAUUUUCAGAUGUGGAGAUUGUCUGGUGAAUCAUGUCCUGAAGGAACUGUGCCAAUAAGAAGAACAACUGAGAAGGAUAUGCUAAGAGCUAGUUCCGUUAGAAGAUUUGGAAGAAAAGUUAGAAGACAUGUUAGGAGGGAUUCAAGCAGUAACGGCCAUGAGCAUGCAGUUGGGUAUGUGAGUGGAGAGCAAUAUUACGGAGCAAAAGCCAGCAUAAACGUGUGGGCGCCAAAGGUCUCUAAUCAAUACGAGUUCAGCUUGUCACAAAUGUGGGUCAUCUCUGGUUCAUUUGGCGAUGACCUUAAUACUAUUGAAGCUGGUUGGCAGGUUAGCCCAGAGCUAUAUGGGGACAACUAUCCUAGAUUCUUUACUUAUUGGACUACGGACGCAUAUCAAGCAACCGGGUGCUAUAACUUGCUAUGUUCAGGAUUUGUUCAGACAAAUAGUAGAAUUGCCAUUGGAGCUGCAAUCUCUCCAACUUCAUCCUACAGUGGCGGACAAUUUGAUAUUAGCUUAUUGGUUUGGAAGGAUCCAAAGCAUGGAAAUUGGUGGCUAGAAUUUGGCUCCGGAAUUUUAGUUGGAUACUGGCCGUCAUUUUUGUUCACACACCUAAGAGACCACGCAAGCAUGGUCCAAUUUGGAGGAGAAGUUGUGAAUUCAAGGCCUUCUGGUUUCCACACUUCAACACAAAUGGGAAGUGGACAUUUCGCCGGAGAAGGGUUUGGAAAAGCAUCAUAUUUUAGAAACUUGCAAACUGUGGACUGGGAUAAUAGCUUGGUUCCCUUAUCAAACCUUAAAGUUUUGGCUGAUCACCCAAAUUGCUACGACAUACAAGGAGGGAUUAAUAAUGUUUGGGGUAAUUACUUUUACUAUGGUGGGCCCGGAAGAAAUGUGAGGUGUCCCUAAGGAGGGGAAAAGAAAAAAGAAGGUAUAGAUGUGGGGU